AGUAUUUUCAUCCAGCAAGCAAUCCAGCACGAAAACAAGCACCGUGUGCCACUGGCUUUAAUUGUGACUCGCUGGCCGUCUUCCCUCCCUUCUGUCUGACCACGCGGAAAGUAUUGUUGAGGAACAGACACGGAUCUUUUAUAAUCGGCUCGUAAAACACGAACAUGGCUGAGGCAGAUGAGACCCAGAAGAAGAAGAGGACUUUCCGGAAGUUUACCUUCCGAGGAGUUGAUCUGGAUCAACUUCUGGACAUGCCUAACGAACAAUUGAUGGAUUUAAUGCACGCAAGAGCACGUAGGCGCUUCUCUCAUGGAUUGAAGAGAAAACCAAUGGCUCUUGUUAAGAAAUUACGCAAAGCCAAAAAGGAAACACCACCAAACGAAAAGCCAGAGAUUGUGAAGACUCAUUUGCGUAAUAUGAUCAUUGUUCCAGAAAUGGUCGGUUCCAUUGUUGGUGUAUACAAUGGAAAAACUUUCAAUCAAGUGGAAAUUAAACCUGAGAUGAUUGGACAUUAUCUUGGGGAAUUUUCUGUGACGUAUAAACCUGUUAAACAUGGUAGACCUGGUAUUGGUGCUACCCAUUCUUCAAGGUUUAUACCUCUUAAGUAAAAUGUAUUUUAUAUCAAUAAACGUAUAAAAAAAUA